AUGGAUGAUAAAGAGAAGAAAGCGCACCGACCACGACAGGCUGGGUCAAAAAGAGAAAAGAAAGACAAGAAGAAAACCAAGAAUGAUGAAAAACAUAACCCAAAGGCUUUUGCUCCGCGAUCUGGUCGGAAAGCUGAAAAACUUGCGCGUAGGAAAGUGGAACUGACUCAAAAGAGACUUCACGUUCCUUUAAUUGACAGAACCCCGCUGGAACCACCGCCUGCAAUUAUAGCCGUCGUUGGACCACCGAAGACCGGAAAGACGACUUUGAUCAAAUCACUCGUGAAGCGUUAUACUAAGCAUAAUCUCACAACUAUCAAAGGACCAAUAACAGUUGUCAGUGGCAAGAAACGGCGGCUGACUUUCAUAGAAUGUGCAAACGAUCUCAACUGCAUGAUUGAUGUAGCAAAAAUAGCCGAUUUAGUGUUAUUGCUUAUCGAUGCUAGUUUUGGGUUUGAGAUGGAAACCUUUGAAUUUCUCAAUGUACUUCAAGUCCAUGGGUUCCCUAAAAUUAUGGGCGUACUCACACAUCUCGACAAAUUUAAGAAAAUGAAAACACUUCGAGCUACCAAAAAAAGGUUAAAACACCGCUUUUGGACAGAAAUAUAUCAAGGGGCAAAGUUAUUCUAUUUGUCAGGCGUAAUCAACGGUCGAUAUCCGAACAUGGAAAUACUGAAUUUGUCACGCUUUAUUUCGGUAAUGAAAUUUCGUCCUUUGAUCUGGAGAAACGCGCAUCCAUAUUUGGUUGCUGACCGUGUAGAAGAUUUGACUGAUCCAGAAGAAGUUAGACAGAAUCCCUUAUGUGAUCGUACAGUGACGUUGUAUGGUUAUUUGCACGGAAUUAAUCUUAAACUCAACACGAAAAUGCAUAUACCUGGUGCAGGCGAUUAUUACUUGAGUGAUGUGUCAUCGCUGCCUGAUCCUUGUCCAUUGCCUGAUAAGGUUCGCAGGAGUCUGAGUGAGAAGCAGAAAUACAUAUAUGCUCCAAUGUCUGAUGUCGGAGGCAUUCUUUACGAUAAAGAUGCCGUAUAUAUAAAUGUUCCUGGAAAUUUCACCAAGACCGAUCAAGGCGUAGAACAAGACGCUGGGGAAAAAAUGGUCAUUAAUCUGCAAGACGCACCAGAGACACUCGCAUCUCGGCUUGAAGACAGCGAAUUACGUGUCUUUACCAGGUCUGAACCUUUGAAGGCUACUGACUUGACCAACAGAUCAGAAUCGGAAGGAGAUAGUGAUUUUCAUAAUACAUCCUUCAAAGGAUCGGUAGAAUCUGUUGAAGAUGAGUCAGGACAACGGCGUCGGAAAGUUGUUUUCUCGGAAGGUGAUAAAAAUGAGACAGAUAAGGAAUUGAGUGAGGCCGAGGAUGGCAUUGCGGAAGAAAGGAAAAGGAGAGCGGCAUUAGCCAAACACGAAGUAGGGAACGAUGUUGAUGGCGAAGAAAUAGCGUUUGCUGAAAGCGAUAGCGACCUUGAUGAUAUUAUGUCCGAGCAAGAAUUCGAUGAUGGAUACCUGAAUAGUGCUUUAAAGUGGAAGUCUAACUUGGCGGAGAAGGCGAAAGAAACGUUUCAUGCAAAUCGACGCGUCAACUUGAUGCAACUGAUAUACGACAGUGGCAAAAGUCCAGAAGACAUAGCCAACGGAGACUAUGAUUCUUCUAAUGAGAAGGGCUCUCUAGAAAAUAUGGAUGAAGAAGAGGAAGAAGACGAUUUCAUUACAUUUAAAAAAACUGAUAGGAAGGAUGUUGUCUCGUUAAAUCGGGUGGAUUCCGUAAAGUCUAGUGUUGACAAAGCUUUGCUAGCAGAAUGGGACCAAGAAGAGACACUUGAAGCUAUACGAAAUAAGUUUAUAACAGGCUCACUUGAAGAUAAAGGAGAUACCCAGAAGUCAGACGAUGAAGAAAUUUAUGGCGACUUUGAGGAUUUGGAAACUGGUGAAAUCGUAAAGGGCAUAUCCGAACCGGAGCGAACAAAGGAAGGGCUUGAUCAAGAAGAGCUUUCUCGCAAAAAAGAGGAAUUGAAAAGGAAGUUUGAUGCAGAGUAUGAUGACAAAGAAGAAGACACCCCCGCAAUGAGUUAUUAUGAUGAAGUUAAGGAAGGAAUAGCCAAACAGCUAGAACUUAAUCGCGCGGAAUUUGAAAAUGACGACCCUGUUACUCGUGCUAUGGUUUAA